AUGGAAGUUUUAGAGGAUAAAUGCAUUACACCAGGAUACGGUUUAAUUGAAGAAUCAGUUAAAGCAAUACCACGUUUAUUCAGUAAGGAAGAUCCAUUCAUGAUUCCAGCUCAACAUAUUGACGUUCGUUCACUAAAUGGAGGUUGCAUCACUCCUGAAGGUAUUAGCUCAGAUUUCUCAUACGCUCUUCAUAAUGUUACAGAUGUUGUGUUAACAUUUCCGAAGAAUGCAAUGCAAAGAACAGUUUUAGAAAAUCCAAUGCUUCGAGGUCUUCAGGUCACUAUAGAUUCCAGAAACUUCCCCGAUCAAGCGAUGACCACAGUGGGUGACAUAUUCUUUACACGUAUGCUUCAAGCUUCUGAUUUAGAUGGAGUGAAUGAAUGCACAGAAGAAUACGAGGACUCAUUAACUAGACCACUGAAUGCAGAUGAUGGCACGCCAUUAGCUAGAACAUGGAAAGACCAAACUUCAUUCUUAUGCACUAUUCCAGUUCAACGUGAUGGAGCGGGUAUAUUCUUUGAUGGAUUAGAAACUUUCAACUCACAAGUUACAGUACAAGUGAAAGCUUAUCCAAUCAUUCAGGGUGAAAAUGACACUUACUGUUCAAAGGUGACAAAUCCUCCUCAGGUUUGGUUUACUAGGACUACAUAUUGGACAUGGACACCGGAUGAAGGUUUGAAAUAUCAUCCAACAGGUACACCACCACAGUAUAGAAGUUCAUAUGAUGAAAUAUUGAUGAAUAGAAAUGUUUAA